CAGAUCGCCCAGUCCCAUCCCGUUUCUUCCACCCAACCCCGCAAUGCCACGUUUCAAGGUGGCAAAAUCGCGACUGACAGUUUAGAACUCGUCAAGCUUAUAUUCUCCCUAUUCCUUAGCGCGUUGUCCUUUCCCCUCGCAACAGUUUAGAACUCGUCAAGCUGCCUCAUGGCGGCUGACGACGCUUGUCCCUUGCCAAGUGGCGCAGCAUCCGCGCCCCCAUCCGCGUGUCCGGACACUCUGGGGGAGCCAGCGGGCGCUCGUGCGCCGCAUGAUUGUGGGAUCCGCCUGAGCGCGCCGAGCAGCAUGGCGGAGCAGCAGAGCAGGCGGGAGGGGGGGGGAAACGCACGGGAGGAGGCGGUGACGGCGGGGUCGGUGCACACCGCGAUCGUGCGACACGCGCACUGCUCGCUCGCGUGCGGCGAUCGCGACGAGCUGUCGCCGAGCGACGCGUACCGCGCAGCUGCGAUGAGCGUGCGAGACCACCUGGUGGCGCGGAUGGAUGCGACGGAACGCGCGUACGACGACGCGGGGUGCAAGCGAGUGUACUACCUAUCGAUGGAGUACCUUAUAGGGCGGAUGCUGCAACUAGCCGUCACCUGCCUUGGCCUCGAUGCGCAGUACCGCGAGGCGCUGCUGCAGCUGGGUGUGGCGCUGGAGGAGGUGGCGGAGGAGGAGCACGACCCCGCGCUGGGCAACGGCGGGCUGGGCCGCCUCGCCGCCUGCUUCCUUGACUCGCUCACCACGCACCACUUCCCCGCCUGGGGGUACGGCAUCCGCUACCGCUACGGCAUGUUUGAGCAGCGCAUUGCAGCGCUGCGCCAGCACGAGGCGCCGGACGCCUGGCUGCACCCCGCGGGGUGCCCCUGGGAGAUCCCCCGGCCGCACGUGCGCCACGCCGUGCGCUUCUUUGGGCACGUGGCAGUGCGUGUGGACGGCACGCGCACGCGGUACCGCUGGGAGGGCGGCGAGCAGGUGGAGGCGGUGGCGUCCGACAUGCCGGUGCCGGGGUUCCGGAGUGGCAACGUCAACCGCCUCAGACUGUGGCGCUGUGAGCCAUUAUCGGGCGGCUUUGACUUGUCUUUAUUCAACGCGGGGCGGCACGUGGAGGCGGUGGCUGGCAAGGCGCGGGCGGAGGCGAUCAGCGCUGUGCUGUACCCGGAGGACAGCAGCGAGGCGGGCCAGCAGCUGCGGCUGCAGCAGGAAUACUUCUUUGUGUCCGCCACGCUGCAGGACAUCAUAGCGCGGCACAAGGCAUCGGGGCGGGCGGUAUCAGCGCUGCCGCAGCAGGCGGCGGUGCAGCUGAACGACACGCACCCGGCCCUGGCGGUGCCCGAGGCCAUGCGCCUGCUGCUGGACCACGAGGGGCUGGAGUGGGCCGACGCGUGGCAGGCCACCGUGGCGCUGCUGGCGUUCACCAACCACACGGUGCUGCCCGAGGCGUUGGAGCGGUGGCCCGUGCCGCUGGUGCAGCGUGUGCUGCCGCGGAUCAUGGACCUCAUCUUCGAGAUCAACCACCGCCACCUGCAGGAGGUGGAGUCCCGCGGUGUGAACGAGGGGCAGCGCCUGGCGCGCUUGUCCGUCAUCGAGGAGAGCCACCCCAAGAUGGUGCGCAUGGCGGUGCUGGCGGCCGUUGGAUCGCACGCCAUCAACGGUGUGGCGGAGCUGCACUCCGCGCUUCUGCGCACCCACCUGCUGCCCGACCUGCUGGACCUGUACCCCGCGCGCUUCCACUCCAAGACCAAUGGCAUCACGCCCCGCCGCUGGCUCCUGCUCGCCAACCCACGGCUGUCACAGGUGAUAACCAAGUGGGUGGGCACAGACGAGUGGCUGCGGGACCUGUCGCUCAUCCAGGGGCUGCGGGCGCAUGCCAGCUCGCCCGCGCUGCACGCCGACUGGACCGCCGCCAAGCUCGCCAACAAGCAGCGCCUCGCAGCACACAUCCGCGCCACCUGCGGUGUCGAGGUGGAGAGCGUGGCGCUGUUUGACUGCCAGUGCAAGCGCAUCCACGAGUACAAGCGGCAGCUGCUAAACAUACUGGCCGUCAUCCACCGCUACAACAGCAUCAAGUGCAGCAGCUUUGAGGAGCGGGCGCGCAUGGUGCCGCGUGUGGUGGUGAUGGCGGGCAAGGCGGCGCCGGGGUACUUCCGAGCCAAAUGUGUCAUCCACCUCAUCAACGCUGUGGCACAGCGUGUGAACAGCGACCCCGACAUCAGCGGGCUGCUCAAAGUCGUCUUCCUCCCCAACUACAGCGUCUCGCUCGCCCAGCUGAUAGUGCCGGCGAGCGACAUCUCGCAGCACAUAUCAACGGCGGGCAUGGAGGCCUCGGGCACGAGCAACAUGAAGUUUGCGUUGAACGGGGGGCUGCUGCUGGGCACCAUGGACGGCGCCACCAUCGAGAUCGCGCACGCCAUCGGGCGCGAGAACGUGUUUGUGUUCGGCGCGCUGGCGCAGGAGACACACUCACUGCGCCACUCACUGCGCUUCCGCCAGCCCAUCCACGACGACCGCCUCGUGCAGGUGAUGCGCACGAUCGAGGCGGGUGUGUUUGGGCCGCCCGACGACUUCCGGCCGCUGCUGGAGUCGCUGGGCGGCGGCAAUGAUUACUUCCUGCUCUCCCACGACUGGGCCUCCUACCUCGACGCCCAGCACUCGGUUGACACGCUCUUCCUCAACCCCACCGAGUGGUGCCGCCGCUCCAUUAUAGCCGCAUCAAUGAUGGGUCGGUUCAGCAGUGACCGCACCAUCGCCGAAUACGCCCGUGACAUCUGGCACCUCCAGCCUGUGGUUGUGCCAGAGGUUUUAAACACCAGAUGAAUCAGCUGGGUCGUUGCUCCAACCUUUCAAUCGGCCUUGGUCACAAGCUCGUGUCAAAUGAUGUGUAUACGUAGUUUUGAGUUUAUGUUCAUUUCAAUCACGUAGAACAUGAUGAACUUUAUGAAACAAUGUGGGCAAGAAUAAUCACGAUUAUUUCAACGGCGAUGGGGUCGUUUUACGC